AUGCAUUCUGUCUUGAACUGCACCAUUGCAUCUUAUCUCACGAAGGGAAUUUCAAGAGGGACUGGGCUGGCUCUGGUCCGUCUUCUGGCUUCCAAGCCCAGUACAGAGGUGGCAGUGGCUGAUGCAUUGACACAAUUGGUUGCGCAGUCUUCUGGGCGCGUUUAUCAGGUUGAGAUGGAUGUUUCCGAAAACCGAAACAUGGGGCCGGCAGCUGCGACCGUCGAGAAGGUCUUGGCUGGUCGGGGACUCGACGUACUACCUAUGACCGACUUGAACUCCACCUUUCGCACCAAUGUGACCGGCGUUCAUAUGGUCACGAGUGCCUUCUUGGAAUUAUUAGAACAUGGUACUUUGGAGGCGAUCAACGUAUCCUCCACCUUUGGUUCCAUCGCCAGGGCGUCGAGGUCUGCGGCCCUCAGCAUAUUGACCGGUUUCAUCUUCAUGAUCAUCUUGCCUGAUUGCGUAAAAGCAGAUUUUGGAAGCGACAAUGCCAAGUUGACGCCCGAGCAGAGCGCCACCGCCGUAUUCGAUCUCAUUUCUUCUGCGACAAGCGCCCACAACAGCAAAUUCAUUCAUAUCUAUGUGAAUGGGCUGAGCUUUUACGACGGUGCAGAGGUGCCAUGGUAG